GCGACAAAAAUAUGUCCAAGCGAGCACUUCUUCGCUGAAGGUUGCCUUCUUUCUUAUCUUGACAUCUACCUCCUUUUUCAUUGUAUCCGGAUGUCUGACACUGCCAACAACUCAGUGGCUGGGGCUCGGCGAGCGCCGUCCUCUGCCCCCCUGCAAGUCCAUGCCUGGUCAAUCGAGUACAUCCGGCUCAAAGCCUUCGCCUUGGCCAUUCGUACCGUCAUUGGUGGACUGAGUCCUAUAGCGGAACUCUUCUUUCAGAAAGUGCCCAAAGAAGUAGAAAAGGUCAAGACUUCCAUCCCUUCGCGGCAGCCUGGUCGGUCGAUCAAGGUUCACAUCUAUACCCCCAAGGACGCUCCACAAGGCAAGAAGCUACCCGUCCAUCUCAACCUUCACGGAUCUGGUUUUGUCAUUCCUUCCCUGGGCUCAGAUGCAGAGUUCUGUGGUGAGAUGGCAAAGAGGCUGGAGUGUGUGGUGAUAGAUUGUGACUACAGGAAGGCUCCUGAGCAUCCGGCUCCCGCGCAGAUGCAAGAUGCUGAAGAUUGCAUACUUUGGGCGCUGACUCAAGACAGCAAGUAUGAUAUCUCUCGCGCCUCCGUCGGCGGCUUCUCAGCGGGCGCCAAUCUUGCCCUCUGUGUUGCCGGCCUGCACGGCGACCACCUUACGGCAUGCAUCUCCUUCUAUCCUCCCACGGACUUCCAAGUCUCUCGCUACCGCAAGGAGGCUCCAGAGAAGCACUCUGCUGCUAUCCCUCCUGCCGUGAGCAAGUUCUUCGACAGGUGCUACCUCGUUGCUGGCACGGACAGGGCGGAUCCUACCGUCUCGCCUGUGGAGCAGGACACAAAGAAGUUCCCGCCGCACGUAUGGGUGAUGUGCGCUACUGGUGACACACUGUAUCACGACGGGGAGAAGUUCAUUGAGAAGCUGGUCAAGGAAGGACACCCUGAUGCACGCUUCCACAAGAUCACUGGCGAAGGACAUGCCUUUGACAAGUUUGCUAAGUCAGGCACUCCUACGGCUCAGAAGAAGACGGAGGUGUAUGAUGCGGCGAUGCAGAUGGUGCACGAUUCUUGGAAAGAUUCGCCUCGACGCGAGGGGGCCAAGUUGUAGACGCGAAUGACAUCGAACAAAGAUCCCGUCGACCGCCGCUACCGACCCUGUAUCAUCGUUAGAUCCAUGGGUUCAUCAUA